GUGCGGCCAAGAUUCUUGGAGCUGGAAUGAAUCCAAGCCGAUCUAUAGGGCGAGGCUUGGUUAGCAGAUCUACCGUUGAAUUCAGCUGUUUCAGAGGAAAUAGCACUUUUCUGAGCUUCUCGCGGGGACUAUCAUUACGUCCAUUGCUCGAACUUGGGCUUGAUUUGCCACCAUGAGGACAAUUUAUGCCGCGUUGCUUGCUGGGGCCGGGCUGGCUACUGCAAUCCCUCAUGCGUCUCCGUCUGUCCCAGCAUCCGCCCCGACGGGAGUCAGUUAUGCAUCAGGAUUCGACAUGACCAGAAGCUGGGCCAAUCUCAGCCCCUACAAGGAUGCAGGCAGCUUUGGGGUCCCCAAGGGGGUCCCCAAAGGCUGCGAGCUGUCCCAAGUUCACGUCCUGCACCGCCAUGCCGAGCGAUACCCUACGGGCUAUCCUCUGGAUGGUGAAGGUAUGGAAGAUUUCGCGACGAAGCUGGCCAACUACACCAAGACCCAUUCGGUCAAGGGGCCUGUGGCCACGGGCCCCUUGAGCUUCCUGAAUGACUGGGAGUAUCUUCUGGGUGAAGACACACUUAUGGUGACUGGCGCUGCGACCGAAGCCACCUCGGGUGCAGAGUUUUGGAUCAAGUACGGCAGACUGCUUUACCGACCUGACCGUGACCAUGUGGCUGCUUGGGAUGAGUCGUUGAAUGUGUAUCCAAAUGGCACUGCUCGUCCCAAGCCUGUAUUCCGCACUACUUCUCAGGCCCGGAUUCUGGAGAGUGCGCGUUGGUGGCUCAGUGGCUUCUUCGGCAACAGUGGCGCCAACAGCUCCUAUGAGCAAUACGAUCUUGUAGUCAUCCCCGAGGAAUCUGGCUCUAACAAUACUCUUGCUUCGUAUGACUCGUGUCCCGACACUGACUGGACGCGUCUUAGUGAUGACGAUGCAUAUGUAUUCAUCCCGCGGUAUACAAAAAACGCUGUUGCCCGUCUAUCGGCCUACCUUCCCAGCGACUUCAACCUGACAGCAUUUGAUAUCCUAGCUAUGCAGAAUCUGUGCGCUUACGAGUAUACUAGCUUCGGCGCCUCGGCAUUCUGCAGUCUCUUCACCGAACAGGAAUGGAAGGACUUUGCCUACAACGUAGAUAUCCAGUACUACGGCGAUUACGCUUACGGCUCCCCUACUGGCCGUGCUCAGGGCAUCGGCUACGUCCUCGAGCUAGCCGCGAGACUGCAGAACCAGCUUAUUACCACCAGCGACACCAGCAUCAACGCCACCCUCGAUGACAAUACCGCCACGUUCCCCCUAGACCAACCGUUCUACAUGGACAUGUCCCACGACGACAUCAUCCUCUCCGUGAUUUCCGCGCUGGGGCUCCAAUAUUUCAGGUUCGGGCCCCAUGGCCUUCCAGGGAACGUUGACCAUGCACCCAAUCGCACCUUCAGCCUUAGCGAGAUGACUCCCUUUGGCGCGCGGAUGAUGUCUGAGGUCUGGACGUGCCCGGCAAAUACCUCCUUCACUUCUUUAGAUCCGGUACUCUAUGCGAAUCCCCUCCUAAAGUCUGCUGGUGCCGGUACUUCUAAGUACAUCCGCUUUCUCUUGAACGGCGCACCUCUUCCUCUGAAGGGCCUAGUUGGCUGUGAGCACGCGGUGAAUGGCUUUUGUCCUCUGGAAGGGUUCCUGAGCGGAGUUCCGACUCUGAAGGAGCGCGCGCAGUACCAGAGGGCUUGCUUCGGCGAGUACCCUACUGGCGAACAGGUUGGUGAUGGUGUUCCUCCUCCGGCUUAAGACUCUCAUCAGCAGCUGUUCCUAUUCUUCUUUCUUGGGAGGGGGAUUGGAAGUGCUCUUGAAAGAGUCAGAUAUUUUAUCUUGGGGGUCUAUUCAAGCGAGUAGCUUGCUUGGCCAUCUCCAGAGUCGUUAUUGAGACCUACCCAAAAAUGUAUGAUAAGCUAGAUUUGUUGCAGAUCAUAAUUCUUACUGGUGGCACUUUCUUCAC